CACUUCUCACGCAGUUCCCGCGAAUCUAAACUUCCUCGAAGAAGACCCAAACCUGGUCGUUCUCUCUUCUCUCUCCCAAUCCUUUUCCUCUCCCAACAAUCUAAGCUUCCUCUAAUCUCUCAGUUGAAUUAAUCUCCAAGUAAUCGAUGUUUAUAUAUAAUCUCGUCUUCGUUUCUGAUCUAUCCAAUCCUAGCAACCUCGCCACACUCAGAUCUUCCGAUUCACCGGAAUCUAUAAACCACCCAAAAUGGAAUCUCACGUGAAAACCCACCAGAAAGAGCAUCAUCACGAAGAUACCCCUCCCGAUCCCGUCGCCUUGUCGAAGUAUUCGAAACGAGUCGAGUUAAAGACUCUCCUCGAAGGCGGCGCAAGCUUGGUCGGGAAAAGGGUCGUCGUCGGUGGAUGGGUGAAGUCUUCUAGAGCUGUAAAGAAAGACUCUUUAUCCCCGCCGCCGCCGCCGGAAGUUUUCGUCCCUCCGCCGUCGAGCGGCGGGAGUCAGGCUUCUCCGACGCCCAGCGUUAGCUGCACGGAGAUCAUCAACUCGAAGAUGAAUAUUUUCAGAAAACUUUUCGACGUCUUGAGCGGCGGUGGAAAGACUUACCAUAUCUUCGAUAAACAUGACCUCGCCGGCGGUCACAAGGCCACGUCACCGCCUGAGUAUAUUAUUCACUCCCAGAUCAGUGAUGGCUCUUCUGUCUCCACUCUCCAGGUUAUUGUUGAUUCUGUGUUAUCGAAUGUUCCAGCAACUCAGCUUAUGGCUCUAGGGACAUGUAUUGUAGCAGAAGGUGUGUUGAGACAACCGUUGGCUGCUUCUUCGAAACACGUAAUUGAGCUUGAAGCUGUGAAGCUUCUUCAUGUAGGAACAGUUGACCCAGACAAGUACCCACUGUCCAAGAAACAGCUUCCUCUGCAUACGCUUAGAGACUUGUCUCAUUUCAGGCCCCGCACAACUAUGGUUGGGUCGGUGACUCGAGUCCACAGCGCAUUAACCUUAGCUAGCCACACGUUCUUUCAGCACAAUGGGUUUCAGUAUGUUCAAGUACCUGUUAUCACAACCGCUGGUGUUGGCGAGAUGUUUAGAGUCACUACUCUUUUAGGUGAAACUGAUGAUAAAGACGAGAAGAAACAUGUCGAUGAAAAAGAUGGAUUUAGCGUUGACACAGUAAAGGCAGCGGUGAAGGAGAAGACUAGGCUAAUUGAUCACCUUAAGAGAUCUGACAGCAACAGAGAAGCUGUGGUUGCUGUCGCAGCACACGACUUGAAGAAAACGAGCGAUCUUGAGAUGAGACAAAAACCAAAGGCAGCAGCAGCAACGCUGAUCAAACCUGAGAAGAUUGAUUUCUCGAAAGAUUUCUUUGGUUGUGAGACUUAUCUGACUGUUUCUGGGAGGUUUCAUCUUGAGAGCUACGCUUCUGCACUUGGAAAAGUCUAUACCUUUGGACCGAGAUUCACAGCUGAUAAAAUCGACGAUACAAGGCAUUUGGCGGAGACGUGGAAUGUGGAGACUGAGAUAGCUUUCUCCGAAUUAGAUGAUGCUAUGGAAUGCGCUGAUGAAUUCUUCAAGUUCCUCUGCAAGUAUCUUCUGGAAAACCGUCACGAAGACGUGAAAUUCAUAUCUAAACGAGUUGACAAGACCAUCACCACACGUCUUGAAGCAACAGCUUCCAAUUCUAUUUUGAGGUUCUCUUAUACUGAAGCGAUUAGUCUUCUGCAGAAGGCAACCACUAGAACAUUUGAAACCAAGCCUGACUGGGGCAUUGCUUUAACAGAGGAGCAUCUCAGUUACCUAACUGAUGAGAUCUACAAGGGUUGUGUAAUUAUACAUAGCUACCCGAAAGAGGUUAAACCGUUUUACACACGGUUGAAUGACGAUAAGCAGACUGUAGCAGCAUUUGAUCUGGUUGUACCAAAGGUUGGUGUUGUGAUCACUGGGAGCCAAAACGAAGAACGGUUUGAGAUUAUGGAUGCGAGGAUCAGUGAAUAUGGAUUGGAAACAAAGGAGAAGUACGAGUGGUACUUAGAUUUAAGGAGGCAUGGCACAGUGAAGAAUUCAGGAAUAAGCUUAAGGAUGGAGCAUAUGCUUCUGUUUGCCACAGGUCUUCCUGAUAUUAAAGACACAGUUCCUUUCCCAAGAAGCUGGGGCAAAGCAAACAACUGAAGUUAGGGGUGGGCACUUUACCCGAUACCCGAAGUGGCACCCGAACCCGACCCGAAAAACCCGAACCGAAAUCCGAACCGAAGUAGCAAAAUACCCGAACGGGUAUUGAAUUAUGAGAGAUUGGAUAUCCGAACCCGAACGGGUAAUACCCGAACCCGAAUGGAUAUCCGAAAAUAACCGAACUUAUGUACUAUUAACCAUAUAUUCAUAGUUUACUUCUCUAAUUUUAUUCAAAAUACUUAUAUUAAUUAUACACAUGGUUUAAAAUUAGAUAAUAUACAUAUAAUUGCAAGAAAAGUGAUUUUUGCUCACUUAAAAUGCUUAAAAUACAUGUCUAAAUUUUAGUUUCAUGCAUUAACAAAAGUACAGCUAAAAUUUUAAAACAAUAAUCAAAUUAGUGUAUUUUAUUUUUAAGAUUUUAUCUUCAAAUCAUUCAAUGUAUUAAAAAUAAAAUAUCAGUUAAGUAAAAAUUUAUAUUUUUUAAAAGAAAAAAACUUAAGAAAUGAAGAAGUUAAUUUUUUUUUCAAAAUCUAAA